AGGAUCAUUUAUGGGACCUAUAAUGAAGCUCAGUGAGAGAGGAUUGAAGUUAUCAGCAAAGAUGGUCUACGCCAUUCUCACUAGAAGCAUCGUUUCUGUCAAGGAGAAUGAAGCCUGGUUCCAUUUCGGUGCGCAGCCAAUGAGGUUCUCUAUAAGAGAAUUUCAUAUGAUGACAGGCUUGAAAUGUAGCGGUGCAUUAGAAGGACCACGAAGGGAAACCGAUAGAUUUAAUUGGGAAUUGCUAAAGGGGCGUAGUCAUAAGUUAAGUGACGUGGUGGAACAGCUCAGAAACACAAGAGAAGAUGCUUCUGAGGAGAGAGUAUGCCUCGCAAUGCUCAUCCUGGUAGAGAGCAUAUUAUUGCGGAAGAGCAAAGGAGGGAGUUUUGCUUUGGAAUAUGCAAAAAAUGCACAGGAUAUGACAUAUCCAUGGGGGAAAGAGGCUUACAUUGUGCUCCUGAAGUCAAUUCAAAACGCUGUUGUGAAUCAUUUGGAGAAUAAAUCCAAAUUUGAGUUGCAAGUUUAUCCUCUAGUAUUCCUUCUUUGGAUACUAGAGUCGAUUCCUUUGGUAAGGAAUAAGUUCAGUAAGUGUGUACCAACAGUUGAGGUUCCUGGGCCGACUUACUUGUGUGAAAAAUACACUGAGGUAGAGAAUCCAUCACUUGAUAGGGUUUUACAGGUUGAAGCUGAUACAAAGCUGAAGGUCCAUUGCAUACUACCUUCUAUUCCUCAUGAUCCAGAAGAUGAUAUCUCCAUUGAAGACAAAUAUAGUGACGAGCUGGAAACACUGAAAGAUGUAACAAAGAAAGGGUACAAGCUUACAGCCGAUGACUGGGAAAAUAGGUGUGUAGACACAUUUGAAACAUUGGAUGCUCUUAUUCAAAUGAUGGCAAAUAAGGAGACUGGCCAAGCUUCUACUCCGAUUGAUGAGGAUUCAGUAAAUGAAAAAGUGAACAGAAUCAUCGAGGUAAUGGAGGAGAAUCUGAAGAGCAUGAAGGAUCGAAUGUCAUUACUGGAAGAAGAAAACAUGCAUCUUAGAGCCCGUGUGUCAGAGUUGGAAGGAAACAACAAUGUUUUUCCCACUAACGUGACACAACAGCGAUCCAGUGGGACACCUUUAUCUCCAAUGUCUCACACGCAACCAUCGAGUGAGACGCCUUUAUCUCCAAUGUCUCAACAGCCUAAUUUGACACAUGAGGAGACAAUGAUUGAAUCAGCUGCAUCUCCAAAGUCUCAACAAAAUGAGGUAUAUGCUCAAAAAUUUUUAAGAAAAUAUUUGGAAAUUCUUGUACAAAAUCCUGAAUGCCUUCCUGAUUUUUGCAGGAUUACACGCAACCAUCGAGUGAGACGCCUUUAUCUCCAAUGUCUCAACAACCUAAUUUGACACAUGAGGUAUGUAACCAAUAAAUAUUGUUGAGUUUUGAAGUAAUAUUUGGAAACUUUUGUACAUAUUCUUGAAUGCAUUCUUGAUUUUUGCAGGAGACAAUGAAUGAAUCAGAUGAUGACACUCCUGCCCUUGAUACUCAAGUAUUCUCUCCUAAUCUGACAAAAGAGGUAUAUGCUCAAUGAUAUUGUUUUCACAGUUGGAGUUUACAAAUUAGUUUUGGGUGAUUUUUUUUUACAUAUAAAGGCUUUUUUGAUUUUUGACAGAAAGAAACAAGUGAGUCACCUGCUGAGAGGCCAUCCAAUCCUAAUCAAGAUGGCAAACCAGAUGAUGAGGUAAUAUUUAUUCUAGAAAUUAUAGUUGAAUGUAUUCAUGAUGGCCUUUCCUGAUAUUUUUUUGCAGAUUGUGAGAGAGAAAUUAACAAGGGAGUCACCUGCUGCUCAGAGUCAAGUUUCGCAGAAAGAAACAGUGGAAAUGAAUGAGACACAUUCUUCUCCAAUAGCUCCAAAGAGUAUUGAAACUCCCGUUUAUACUCCAAGUCAAACUCAGCAGGUACAUGGUAAAAAAAAAUCUUGGAUUUUUAAGUUAAUGUUUGGAAGCUUUAGAACGUACUCUGGAUUGCCUUCGUGAUAAUUUUUACAGAUUGAGAGAGAGCCAUCGGAUGACAUGCCUGCCCUUGAUAGUCAAGUUUUCACUCCUAAUCUGACAAAAGAGGUAUAUGCUCAAUGACAGUUGGAGUUUACAAUUAGUUUUGGGUGAUUUACAUAUAUAGACCUUUCUAAUUUUUGGCAGAGGGAAACACAAACCUCUACUGAUGAGACGCCACCCAAAGCUAAUCAAGAAGAAGGAAAAACAAAUGAUGAGGUAAUAUUUACUCUAGAAAUUAUAAUUGAAUGUAUUCAUGAUGGCCUUUCCUGAUAUUUUUUGCAGAUUGUGAUUGAGUCACCUGCUGCUCAGACUCAAGUUUUGCAAAAAGAAACACUGGAAAUGAAUGAGCACCUUCUUCUCCAAUAUCUCCAAAGAGUAUUGAGGCUCAAGUUUUUACUCCAAUUCAGAAACAGCAGGUAAAUGCUCAAAAAAUCUUGGAGAUUUCAAGUAAUGUUUGGAAGCUUUUGUACUUGUUUUUGAUCCCCUUCCUGACUUUUUUUGUUUUUUUUGCAGACGGUAACAGAGGGAACGUAUGAGGCUACACAGCCAUUGACUGAGAUCAUUUCAGCAAACAGUAAAAAGGUAAGCAUAGAAAUGUCUUUCAUAAGUACAACUUGAAUUUUAAAUUGUAGAAACUUCUUCAUAACUACCUCUUUUAUUUUAUUGUUAUUACAAGAGGAUACACAUGCUGUGCAUCACACACCUUCCUCUCCAUUGUCUUCACUAAUUGCACUAGUUAUUGAAGAAAAUAAGAAUGCUUUGGUAAGAAGAAAUAUUUAAAAUGUUUAUGUAAUAUUUUUCUAUUCAACUAACUCUUGCCAUUUAUUUUUGUCUUAUAGAGUGAGACAGAAACUGUGACCCAAUAUUUUUCUCUAAAUGAGGGAGAGGAGACACAAUCAAGCAGAAAGAAUCAAGCAGAAGAAAAUCUCAAGGAUACUACAAAACAUACAACUGCUAGUUUCCACAGAUGUUUCGAAGACACAGCCUCUUACACAGCUUCUUACACAGCCUCUUACUCAGCAAACACAGCACCUUCAGACAAGUGAGGGAGAGCAAUCCGAUGAGACACCAUCAAAGCAGAAUCAAGCAGAAGAAAAUCUCAAGGAUACUACAGAACCUACUACUGAGCUAGUUUCCACAGAGCCUACUACUGAACCUACUACUGAGCAUGUUUCGAAGAUACCGCCUAUUACUCAGAAAACAGAGCAUCUUCAGACAAGUGCUAUAGAUUUUUCAGAAACAAACGAGGUUGAAGUAAGCAGGCUUCUAGCUCACUUUCAAAUAGGCGCAGAGGUUGAGAUUUUGUGUACUGAUGACGAAAUAUGGUAUCCAGGAAAGGUUGUUGAUCUUAAACUGUGUGAAGGACUAGAGGAGCUGACAGUUGAGUACACGACACUCUUCGCAGACCAACAUAGACUUCAGAAACUUCAGGAUACUAUCACGGCUGACAAAAUACGUCCUGCAACACCAACUAGUGACCAAAAAUCCUUUGAGAUGAUGGAUAAGGUAGAAGUCUUUUACAACAAUGGCUGGAGCAGCGGACAAAUUAGCAUGGUACUUGGUGAUAACACAUACUCGGUGUGUCUCUAUACUUCUAUGGAAACUAUUCUAUUCAAACAUUC